GAAUUUGAAAGUUGAAUUGAAAGGAGCUCUUAAAAAUAUAAAUAAAAAUAAUAUUACCCUGUAAUAUUUUGUAUUUGAAAGUAUACACAAUAAAAACUGGUCCGUUUUUAAACAUAUGGUGUUUUGUUGAAAAAUUAUAGUACACAAUGAAACAAAUGUAUUUUAAAGACAACUCCCUUGUGAUAGUUUUUUAAAUCCUUUUAGGAUACUUUAUUUAUAUUAGAAUAUAUAGAAAUGAGCGCCUUUAUACGACAAAUUGCUUCAAUAGGUUGGCAUCGAAUUCUUGUAGUGUUUUUAGUCCUCUGGCUAUUAGUGUUAGUUCUGUCAGCUUUUCCCGGUCUAAACACUACAGCUAGCUUCGAUGCCAAGUCAUCAGAAAGACUUGUUAGAGCUCUCUCAGAUUUAGAAACACUUAGAAAACAAAACGAGGAAUUGCAGGAAAUAUUUAAAGAGAUUAGUGUUAAUAAUUUAAGUGAUGAUCAAAAAGAGGCAAUCGAAAACUUUCAAACCAGGCUAACUAAGGUGGAGCGCCCUUAUAUCAAACUCGGUUUAGGAAACAUAAAUUCUAAAGAAGAACCAAAUACACAAUAUGAACAAUUGAGAAGACGGAUAUAUACAAAUACUAAAGAAUUUUGGUUUUAUAUUCAUUCGUAUUUGUUGGAUAUUCAAAAAAAAGCCAAUGAUAUUGCUCCAGAAAUUGUAGACACUGUUAAUCAAGUUUUAAGUCUGGGCAGUGAACAUAAGAGAUCAUUACUUCAUGAUAUCGAACAGUUAGCUGAAGUAGACGGAUAUGAAGAUUGGAGAUUUAAAGAAUCUCAGGAUUUAAGCAAUCUUAUACAAGAAAGGUUUAAGCAUUUGCAAAAUCCAGAAGACUGCGAUACUGCAAGAAAAUUGGUUUGUAAUUUAAAUAAAGGGUGUGGUUAUGGUUGCCAACUACACCAUGUUGUCUAUUGUUUUAUGGUGGCUUAUGGCACAAAAAGGACGUUGAUAUUAAAAUCAAAAGGGUGGAAAUAUCAUAGGGCAGGUUGGGAGGAAAUUUUCAUGCCUUUAAGCGAAACUUGUGUAUCUCCUAAUGGUGACACAGUAGCCAAUUGGCCAGGACAUGCCGAAUCUCAAGUAAUAAAUCUUCCUAUUAUUGAUAGUUUAUCUCCUAGGCCUCCAUUUUUACCAUUAGCAAUACCAGAGGACAUAGCACCAAGGCUUACAAGGUUACAUGGCGAUCCAAUUGUAUGGUGGGUUGGACAGAUAUUGAAGUACCUGUUACGGCCUAAAGUCAAAACUACCAAUAUAAUUCAAGAAGCCAUGACCAAGUUGGGUUUCAAGAAACCAAUUGUCGGGGUACAUAUACGGCGCACAGAUAAAGUAGGCACUGAAGCAGCAUUUCACAGGCUGGAAGAAUAUAUGACUGCAGUAGAGGAAUACUAUAAUCAGUUAGCUUAUACUAAGAAAGUUGAUAAAAAGCGGGUAUAUCUAGCUUCAGACGAUCCAAAAGUGAUGGUUGAAGCUAAAACCAAGUAUCCCGAUUAUGAAAUUAUAUGUGAUCCGCAGAUUUCCAAAACGGCUGGUGUUUCCACUAGAUAUUCAGACACGUCUUUGUUUGGAAUUAUUCUUGACAUCUAUAUGCUUUCAAUGAGUGAUUUUUUGGUUUGCACAUUUUCAUCACAAGUAUGCAGGGUUGCUUAUGAAAUUAUGCAAAAUUAUUACCCCGACGCCUCUUCUAAAUAUACAUCGUUAGACGACAUCUAUUAUUACGGUGGUCAGAAUCCGCACAAUAUGAUUGCAGUGUUGCCACACGAACCUAAAAGGCAAGGAGAACUGCAAUUAACAGUUGGCGAUCUCGUUGGUGUGGCUGGGAAUCACUGGAAUGGUUUUAGUAAGGGCAAGAACCUGAGAACCAAUCAAAACGGAUUGUAUCCUAGUUUUAAGGUAAAAGACAAAAUCGAAGUUGCGAAAUUUCCUACAUACUCUGAACUAUACAAAAAUAAACAUAAGAAACAAGACUCUAAAGUAGUUUAAGUAUAUGUUCUUAGGUUGCUUUAGUGUUUACUGUAACUUUGUGGUAUGUUUCCUAUUUUAAAUUAAUUUUUGUAAAUGUUUACCUACCAUACCAAAUAAACUUUUAGUCACGUGAUUAAGGUUGACCGGCACAGUGUUGCCCAUUUUUACAU